AUGCGCCUUGUAUGGUGGUGGCUUCUUUGCUGCGCUUCCUACGUGGCAGCAUGGGGCAGCACGGGCCAUGAAAUUGUGGCUACCAUCGCUCAGUCGUUCUUGGAUUCAUCCGUGCGCUCGUAUUUGUGUACACUGCUCCCUUCAUCGUCCCAGUACGAAGCAGCAUGGCCGGGGGUGCACAACCAAACACAGUGUCACCUGGCUGAUAUUGCUACAUGGGCCGAUCGCGUGCGGAUUCGUAUGCCAUGGACGUCCAAAUGGCAUUACGUGAAUGCGGUGGGCGACCAUCCGCCUACGACGUGUGAUUUUGGCUCGCAAGGUUUUCAUUCAUCCAAGCAUAUCUUGAACAUUCUUCCCUCUAUGACACAUCUCUUCCAAGAGCAUGCACACCGAAAAGCGGCCUUGCGGUUCAUGACGCAUCUCGUAGGCGACCUUCAUCAGCCACUGCACAUCGUGGGCCGGGCCCAUGGUGGCAACUUUAUCCGUGUCCGAUUUGGCGACAAGCAUGCGAAUCUACACAAAGUAUGGGAUACGCAUAUGCUGGAGCGUCGAAUCGAGCAGCUGUCCAACUACAGCGUCCCUCUUGAUCGUCCUGCCUGGGCCACGGCCUUGCGUGGCACCAAGUACGAUGCCUACGUCCGGUGGAUCUUGGUGGAAGGACUAGGGCAAGGUACUGAUGCGCCUGUUCAUCCACGCUGGCCAGAUUGGCGCGAAUGGACAACCUGCCCUUCACAGCCCAUGCAUAUUGCGGGCGUGUCCGACCCUACUCCCAGCGCCAAGGGGCCCAUGUGCCCCUUGGCAUGGGCCAGCGAGAUGCAUGCCAUGGGCUGCCGCUACGCUUUUGCAUACCCGGUUCCAGGUUCGACAUUGAACAUGCUAUCGUGGGUGCUCGCUAUAUUACCAGGGGUGGUAAAAAGCCCUGACGUGGCCAUACCCGUGUACUUGGAUCCUGUCUACGAAAACAUGGUCUUGGAAAAGGCACUUGCGAUGGCCGGUGUGAGGUUAGCGUAUAUCCUUAACACUCUCUUUUAUCGUGAGGCCCGCGCUCAGUAUUCAAUGUGGAUGAUCACGGCCUGA